AUGUUCUGGACAGGCCAGAGGACUGGCAUAUCCGUGAUGGUGUCUGUACCCAAGACCAAAGCCAUAUACCCUUUACUCGGCCGGCCUCACGACUCCCUUAGACAAGCCUCGAGUUCAGACAUUACAAUUCCGGUCUAUGAGGGAGCUUCCUUUGACGCCUCCGCAACCAACCUCACAUACAGGCUCGGCCCGGACGACUCCAUCAAAGUAAUCUUGUCGUUUCUAUCUCCCAUUACGCCUACAUCUACGCUACGUCAAUCUAUGCCGGCGAGUUACAUGGCUAUCUACCUCGAGGGCGCCUUGGACGUCAACAUUUACACCGAUGUCAGUGGCGAAUGGGUCAGCGGGAUGGAGGACAGUGCCAUCGAGUGGCAGCUCCAUGAGACGUCGGCAGACGCCGGUAGCCGGUCCAUCAAGUCAUGGAGUGUGUCACGAAGGACACAGCUGCUGUUCACGGAGUCGUCGGACAGGGCAGAAUGGGGGACUUUUCAUUUCACGCACGGCUGUCUGAACGGCGAUAACGAUGACCGUUUCCGACGCAUAAACGACUUGGAGCCUACCUUUGCCUUCUCUAUGUUCUUCAACUUGUCCCGCGAAACCGGCCAAGAGAUGGAGCGCAAACCAACCAAAGAGAGCGUCGUCUUUACUCUGGCACUCGUUCAUGACCCCGUUGUCCAAUUUGCUGCUGCCCGGGGCUUGACAUAUAUGCGGCCGUUCUGGGCGUCGUACUUUUCCGAAGCACUUGACAUGCUCGACUGGCACUAUACGGACUUUGAAAUGGCGUCACGAUUGGCACAGAACUAUUCGCAGGAGCUCCAGGUGGAUGCCGAAUCAUCCAUUUCCCAGAGUUACGGGGACAUUGUGUCUCUCUCCGCUCGGCAAGUCCUUGGGGCCACCCAGUUCUCGGGCACGCCAAACAAUCCCCUCAUAUUCCUCAAGGAGAUUUCUUCAAACGGAAACUUUCAGACCGUGGACGUGAUCUUCCCGGCGUUUCCUUUCUUCCUCUACACCAAUCCUCGGUGCAUGCACGACAUUGGGGCACAUUUCCCAAACGCCACGGGCCAUGCAGAUGGGAAAGACGAGUAUAUGCCCGUGGAAGAAUGCGGAAACAUGCUCAUCAUGGCCCUUGCAGUCGCAAACUCCAUCAAGGACGACUCUCACCCGGCGUGGAACGCGCCAUCCACGCACAACCGCGGUCAUUUCGGGCAUCAAAGACCCAAAGAGGGAACGACGAAAGGCAGCCUGCCGCCACUCGAGGUGGAUGAAUUCGGAGUAGACCGGGCACCCAUUGUCACAGGGUCGAGUGUCGAGAAAUCGGCCGAGGCCUGGGUGAAGCGAUCCUACAGCCUGCUACGGCAAUGGACGGGCUACCUCGUUCAGGAGUCGCUCAUCCCGCGCAAUCAACUGAGCACCGAUGACUUUGCGGGGUGGCUUGCAAAUCAGACCAACUUGGCCCUCAAAGGCAUCAUUGGCAUCAGAGCAAUGGCGGACCUCUCGAAGCUAGCUGGUGAUUACGAGGGCGCGCGACGCUACCGUGACAUUUCCAGCUUGUAUGUCGAAGAAUGGCUCGGCUACGGUUUGUCGCGGGACGAUACGCAUGCCAAGCUGGCGUACACAUGGUACGGAUCGUGGACCACGUUGUACAACCUCUUUGCAGACUCGGUGCUCUGCUUCCACGAGGCUGGUGACUCGAGGUUACCGCUUGGCGUGGCGGGGAAGAAGACUCGGGAUGAGAUUACCGAGAGCAUCGCCCUUUGGGUGAAUGAGACGGUGACCGAUCGACCCCUGACCGACUUGUACGACACGGAGGGCCAAGGGGAUUUCUCGCCGGCGAGAUUCAUGGCGCGGCCGGUAGUAGGCGGGCAUUUUGCGAGACUGGCGUUGGAGAGGGCAUGUGGGGGGAAUGCUGUCAAGUGGCUCAAAUUUAUGGACGUGGACGAGGCAGAGGCCCUCGGGGAGUUGGACACCAAGGCGGUGACGAUGGCGGAGGACGUAGAGAGGAGCCUCGAAUUGUAA